UCACUGAAGAUUUUGCUUGCCCCUUCUGCUUGGUAAAAUGUCGAAGCUACAAGGGUUUGGGGUGUCACUUGAACUCAUCACAUGACCUAUUCCACUUUGAGUUUUGGAUAUCUGAAGAAUGCCAGGCUGUUAAUGUUAGUCUGAAGACUGAUGUCUGGAGAACCGAGCUUGUGGCUGAGGGAGUUGAUCCAAGACAUCAAACAUUUUCCUACUCCUCAAGGUUUAAGAAGCGUAGAAGGUUGGGAAUGUUGGGAACCACAGCUGAGAAAAUAAGCCAUGUACAUCCACAUAUCAUGGAUUCAGAUUCACCUGAAGACGCCCAGGCAGUGUCUGAAGAUGACUUUGUGCAGAGGGAGGAAGAUGAUAUUUCUGCACCAUGUGCUUCUGUUGAUCCUGCUCAAUCAUUACAUGGUAGCAAUCUUUCACCACCCACAGUACUACAGUUUGGGAAGACAAGGAAACUAUCUGCGGAGCGAGCUGAUCCCAGAAACCGGCAACUCCUGCAGAAAUGUCAGUUUUUCCAUUCUCACAGGGCACAGCCAAUGGCACUGGAACAAGUUUUCUCGGACCGUGAUAGUGAAGAUGAAGUUGAUGAUGACAUCGCCGAUUUUGAAGAUAAACGGAUGCUUGAGGAUUUUGUUGACGUCACAGACCAUGAGAAACUUAUUAUGCAUAUGUGGAAUUCAUUUGUUCGGAAACAAAGGGUGCUAGCUGAUGGUCAUAUUCCUUGGGCCUGUGAGGCAUUCUCCCGGCUUCAUGGAAAACAUCUUGUACAGAAUCCUCCUCUACUAUGGAGCUGGCGUUUCCUUAUGAUUAAACUCUGGAACCACAGUCUAUUAGAUGCCCGCACCAUGAAUGUCUGCGGCACAAUUCUUCAAGGCUACCAAAAUGAAAGCUCGGACCCCAAGAAAAUGUGAGUCGAGCAUAGUGCGUUCAUUAUAAUUUAAAUCAAGUGGGUGUUUGGAGAAGGCCUUAGGAGCAGGUUAAAGAGAGGUGAAAGCUGCACCUGAGGCCAUGGAGGACUAUUCUCGAUUCUAUUUACCGAACGGAUUGUUGUUGUUGUUGUGUUUACAUGGAUUGUUGUUGUUCGUCAUGUUCUGUUCCAUGGAUAAGCGUCUUUAGUGUCGCAGAACUUGCCGUAUGGUCUGCAAACUUGAAUCAGUGUUCCUUGCUGCAAUAAAACCUAUCUAAAAUUA